CCGUCGUCGGCGGCGACGAUGGCGACUUUCUCCGAUGGCGGCGACGUGGACGCCAUAUCUGACCACGAUGCUACCGGAAACAUUCGUCUCCACCUCCAGAACCUCCUCGACAGCAAGGAAAAGCAACUUCAGUCCGCGGCCACGCUCGGCCACCAGCUGCUGGCGCAGCGCAUGGAACUCGAGGAGCGGAUCAAGCAGAUGCAGGAGUUGGAACUCGAUGGCACCGGCAGUGACGAUGGUUUAGACGUCAGUGUACGGGACAAGUACCGCGAGCUUGCGGAUGCGAUGAAGGCUUGGGACACUGAAAACGAGCAAUUGACGAGUGUGUUCGGUUCUAAGCCCACGAAUGGUGUCCAUGCUCCUGCCUCGCGUCAUACAGAGCCUUCACGGAAUGAACAUGAACGCUCGAAGGGUGCUGUCGCUGGUCCAUCUGCGGCGCAAUCGUCUCGCCGUGCGAAGAAUGCAGCUCAUCGUGCUGAUGAUGUCGAAUUCGCGUUCGAGAUUGGUAGUGGUCUGCUUACGGAGGUCCGUCGGUUGCAAAGCUUACUUGGUGAGCGAGACAAGGCAAUCCAGGAUAUGAAGGAGGAGAAGGACGAUCUCGAGAAGUCUCUCGAAAACCUCCGCCAAGCUCUCCGGCAGCAGGAGCAGUCUGCAGACAAAUUUAAAGAGGAGAACUGGAAUCUCGAGGUCACGCUCCAGGAACUUCGCACUCAGGCUGCAGACUCCCAGGCUACCGCUCAACGUCUCGAGGGCGAAAACAAGCGGCUGACACGUCUUCUCACUACAACUCGCGAGACUGCUGACCAGCACAAGAACGAGGCUGAGCGGCAACAGGUGGCGUUCGAAGAACUUAAGGCUAAGCACGAGACAGACGUCGCACAAGCACGAAAGCAUGCCGCGAGCCUCCAACGCGACAAAUCAGAUUUGCAGCAGGCUUUGGAUUCGAUGAAGGCGGAAGUGGCGAAGGCCUCCCGCCGUCUCCCUCGCUUUGGUUCUCCGCUCACUCCUAACGGCGUCACUGCUUCCGAAGCUGUCACUCCGGCAGAUCAGGACGAAGACGAUGUCUUCAGCACCGCCGCCGCAUCGACGCACACCCGCAAGAAGCUGGACAACUCUGGACUUUUCCCUCCAGAUGGCUUUGAUUUCGACGAGUCCCCCGAUCCUUCGCCCUCGAAGACUUUCCUCGCCCCUAACCACCCGACGAACGAGAUCGAAGCGCUCCAGCAGCGUCUCGCGCAUGCCCAGCGGCAGAUCAGCACUCUCAAGAGCACGUUGCAGAGGGAGAAGGAGCUUCGCAUGGAUUACAGACGCAAGCUCGAGGCAUCCCCUGGCUUCGCGAUCGAAGAGGAAGAAGAUGACGUCGCUGAUGAGGAUGCGGAAGCAGCACCCAAGCCCAAAGCACGUCUCACGCCUUACCGCUCCGGCCGCGGUCGCGGCCGUGGUAGGGGUCGUGGUGGUCUUACGCUCAUUCAACGCCUCGGCAUGGCCGCCCACAGCCCGUCUUCAGAAUACAACGACGAUCACGACUUCGACACGUCCCCAGCUCCCUCGGUACCGCCCAUCCCUGCCGAGUUUAGGCAAGGAGCCGACUUGGACGACGAAGAGGAGUUCGAGGAACCAGAUUUGCAAGCUUCGCCUUCUACUGCAGUGAACUCAAACCGGACCAGUGUCGACGGCAUGGACCCUGCCUUCGCAAACGUCCUCCGCCGCUCUGUGUCCGCAAGCUCUCUCCAAAACGGCAGCCCCUUGCGCCAGAGCGUACUGGCACGCACGGCCCGCGGCGGCACGCUCCCUCGUCGCUCGCGUGGCGGUGCUGCGUACCAGGAGGCGCGUCCACCGUCCCUUGUCGGGCAGCCGGAGGCACUUGCAGCAGAGCUCGGUUUCGGUAUGAUGGAAGCGGAGCCCGGAUCUUCCAUCGCGGACGACUUGCAACAGGAGUUCGCUGACAUCGAGACCGUCGAGUUCGGUGUGCAGACAGAUUUCGAGGAGCCUCCGCCUCCGCCUCCCAUCAUUCAGGUCAUUCCACCGUCGACUUCAGAAAUGGCCAUCCAGGUUGAACCAGAGCCCGUGCCUAUCGUUUCUACCACGGAAAUAUCGCUCCAGACUGACCCCGAAGUCGCACCAAUUCUCGCUGACGCUGAGAUCCAGGUUGAUGUUGUCCCGGAACGCCCUGCACCGACGUUCUCUUCGGCUGAGACUCAGACUACUGCUCCUGGUCUGGCGGGCACGGGCGUUCAGACCCAGCCCGUGUUUACCCCUGCCGCGGCUAUUGCUGCUGCAUACACUGGCGUGCAUGCUGCCGAUCUCUCUCGCAGCUCCAGCGAGGAUUCCGGCAACGCCACGGUCCGUCUGCGCCGUCCACCCUCGCUCACGUUCAGUGAAACUGCUAUGCUCGAAGAGGACGAUGACGGUGUGACGGAGACCGGGUCUAUCACUGGGGACACAACACAUACCGAAGAUUUCACCGAUGCGUACAGCGUGCCCGUGACACCAUCGGGUGAAUCGCUCAGCGACUACCACUCCAUUCGGACCGUCUCCGAGUCAGGGUACUCCGACUCUGGGAGUGACCAGAGCAUCAAGGCGUCCAGGGUACAGACCGAUUCCGCUAUGUCAUCUUCCGUUUCCAUUCCUCAGACCUCGCCCGCGGUACUUGCACCGGAGCCAUCUCCUGUCAAGCCUCCACUCACAUAUGCCACCGUCGAGAUUGAGACGGACCCUAUCCCGGAGCCGCCGCCUGUCGAGACUGCGGAGCAGGGCAUUCAGGUUGAACCUGAACCUGAGCCUGUCCUCGAGCCGGAGCCCAAGCCUGUCCUUGUCACUAUCGGCGUCCAGGCCGAACCCGAGCCGGAACCCGAGCCUGAACCAAAGCCAGUACCUGCCCUCGUUACUGUUGGCGUUCAGGCGGAGCCAGAGCCAGAGCCAAAACCGGAGCCUGUCGUGGUGCCAGCACCCGCCGUCGUUACUAUUGGCGUUCAAGCGGAGCCAGAGCCGGAACCGGAACCUGUUGUGGUGCCAGCUGUCCUCCCUCCAGCUCCCGAGCCUUCGCCGAAGCCGGAAACGAAGGAUAUGUCCAUUCAAACCGACGAGUGGAUUCCUCCUCCGCCUCAAGCUCCCGUUCCGGCGCCGGCCACCGCUCCAUCCGCUGCGUCGACCCCUGCCGUCGUCCCUAUCCCGAUACCUGCUCCUCCGUCUGUCGCGUCUUCCGCCAGCUCCAUUGCAGGUGCUGCUGUGGCCGCAUCCGCUUCUGCAGCUGGCGCCGCGGCGGGGUCUAUUCCCACUGUCUUCCGCGUUGGCCCGAGUUCUCAACAGUUCCAAUUCAUUCCGCCUUCGUCGGCGGGCCCGACCACCACUGCCACUACAUUGCCCACCCCUGCAGUCCCAUCUCCAGUUUCGUCGCCGUCACCGAACACGACCAUUCGGGACGCAAAUGCCACUUUCAUUGCUCGCCCCCGCACUUCUCAUUCGGACAGGCGACAGUCCAUAGAGUCAACGUUGUCCUCUGCUAUGGACGACAUCAUGACUCGAUCGCGGACGCCUUCCGUGCUCCCAAAUAUCGACAAGACUCGUCCGCCCAUGAUGGUUCUACCGCCUCCCCCAAGACAGCCUCCCCCGCCGAAUACCAUGUUACCCCCUCCUUUCAUACCCGAGAAGAGGAUGUCCCACGAUAUACCGCCUCCUCGUCCUUCGUCGCCGCCUCCUGUAGAGCUCAUCCAGCGUGCGACGACGCCAAAUUUGGGUAUACCCGGACGAGGUACGAUUGGGCGAGCCCAUGGGUCUUCCAUGCCACCAUCUCAGCAAGGUCUCCGCCAGCUACCGUCUACGAGCAGCUUCCGCUCAGCCGCGAAUGCGGCAGCCCGUGCGCCUCUUUCCAGUCCUUCGGCUCUCUCGUUCAACCUUCGUGAUCGCGAACGUCGAGAGCUCUCGUCUGCCUCCCUCAAUUCUGGCGGCCACAGUAUCGGGUCGCAACGUUCGUCGAUCUCCUCCGACCAUCAGUUCGAAGCCCAUAUGCGUCGGCACAGCAACCUGGAGGCCACCGUGCAGGAGCGUGCAGGCCCCAUCGCCGGCGGUGCACCCGUGUCAACAGACCCGGCGAUCAUCCACGCCAUCACGCAGACGAUGAUCGGAGAGUUCUUGUACAAGUACACGAGGAGAGCCAUCGGGAAAGGACAUGGAGAGCGUAGGCACAAACGCUUCUUUUGGGUUCACCCGUAUACUCGGACGUUGUACUGGAGUUCUGCCGAUCCGGGUUCGUCAAACGUCACUGAGUCCAGUGCCAAGAGCGCGUACAUCGAGUCCGUACGCGCUGUCAUGGACCCGAACCCAAUGCCGCCAGGCAUCUACCAGUACAGCGUGAUCGUGUCGACGCCUCAGCGGGAGAUGAAGUUCACGGCGCCUACCAAAGAAAGGCAUGACAUCUGGUUCAAUGCUCUAAAGUACCUCCUCACAAGACCAGGCAAUGCGCACAUAUCUGCUCCUGGGCAAGGUGAUGUUGGUGCCAUGAGCCCGAUGUCGGUGAACGGAGAACUACCUGAGGAGUAUCCCGCGAACGUAAUGUCGAGUCCCGAGAGCCAACGGAGUACCCGAACCGGUCGAACUGCUCGCAGCGGAGACUCAUGGAACAUUACUCCUCGUGGACAGAGGAGUCGUUCUCAAAUAUCGCUAGGCGGAUCAAUGGGCAAACGAUCAGGUACGCCCGCCGCCGAAUACCUUCGGUGGGCCGAAGCUCCGAGUAGUCCCACGAAGGAGUACGAGCACGUCCCUGGUGGCGAUGACGAGGACUUGGACUUCGAGCUCCACGAUGAAACUCUAUCCGACGAGGGCUUCGAAGGACUGGAGAAUGUCCGCGCUUGUUGUGACGGUCGUCAUACUGUGGGUCGGUCUGGGCGAAUCGAGCACCAUCAUCAUCACCAUGACCACAACCACGAUCACAAUCAUGCGCCCCAGAAGCCAGCACCGACGCGUGCACGGGAGCAGCUGCUCGACCCUAAUGCAAUAGAGAUGCAGCGUCCAGUCUCCCCAGCAUGGUCAUUCCGCUCCCGUGCAGGCAGCUCGACGUCGCAUGAGGGUGGUUUCUUCUCUAGAUUCGGGACGCGUCGAUCGACCAAGACUUCUACAUCAGCCGCUGGGCAAGAGUCGUAAUACAUGGGGCCGUUGUCUUCCGCUUGCAUAUAUCGAUUUCUCUCCCACUGAUCACCUCGGUAUGCACGGCCAUAAUCACCUUGUGUAUAUCGACCCUCUGCCCCCAUCGCGUUCACCCUUACCCCUUCCCUCUACUAUUAUCUCACCUCUGCUUUGUUAUCGUGCCUUGCUCACCUCGUAACACUCUUUGAUAAUCCGGUUUUCUUGUGUCUAGUAUGCCCUCCGUUGUUGUUGAUACACCAUUCCCCCACUCGUUCCUUCUCGCCGUUACCACCUACCGCAGCAUGUAUCCCUUAUUUUGUGCGAUUACGCAGCAAAUCAAACGUUCC